CGAGUGGUCAACUGGUGGUUGAGUCUUGCUCCCCCGUUCCUCUCCUCUUCUGUCCCACCUUUUCAAUUGAAAACGUGUUGGGUUUUCUCUCUCCACACUUGCUCAACAAUGUCGCUUUAAAGACAAAUUCAUUUACUCACACAGGGUGGCCGGAGAGAUCUUUUCAAAUCUUUAGCAGAGAACAAAGAGAGAGAAAAAUCUUACUCUUUCAUCGAAAUCAUGGCGAACAUAACCGAUGUAGUGGUUUCCCCACUGGUGCAGGAGAUGCUAGAUAAAUUAGCCUCUCCUCUACUACGGGAAUUUGGAUCGGAAUGGGGCAUUGGAAGAAAUCUUCAGGGACUUUCCGAUGCGUUGGAGAGAAUCAGUGCAAUGCUUGGCUUUGCAGAGGAGGCGCAAAGAAAUGAUCGGUUGCUGAAGAUUGUUUUAAGAAAUCUCAGAGCUGCAGUUUAUUAUGCUGAUGAUGUGCUAGAUGAGCUAAGCUAUGAAGUCCUUAAAGCAAGGACCGAAAGAUUCCAUGGCAUACGGGGCAAACAGGUGCGCACUUUUUCCUUAUCUUGUUCAAGUAUCCAAAUUGUUCGUCCUGCUGAUGUUAAGGGUUUGAUAAAUGGAGUCAUGGAUGAAUUGGUUCUCAAUGAAAAGAAGCUGGAACUGUACUACUUAAAAUCAUCACCUGAAACUAAAUUGCAUCAAAUUCGAAGAAGGCCUCAAACUAAUUUGUUAAGAGGCGGGAGGCAAAUCAGCAGCUCUUUAGUUGAUGAAUCCUCUUUAUUGGGUCGGGCAGAUGAUCUAGAUUGUAUAAAAGAUUUUCUGUUGUCGGAUCAGUGUGAUCAAAGAGAGGUUCCUGUUAUUACCAUUGUUGGCAUGGCGGGAAUUGGUAAGACCACACUUGCCCAGCUUGCUUACAAUGAUCCACAAAUUAAAGAUGAUUUUGAUGUUAAAAUAUGGGUUUGUGUUCCUGAAGAUUUUGAUGUUGGAAGUUUAACUAGUGCAAUUCUGGAAAUACAGACAAGGAAAGCAUGUGAUCUCUACGAACUAGAGUCGCUCCAAUGUGAACUUCAAGAUAGAUUAAAAGGGAAGAGAUUUUUACUCGUUUUGGAUGAUGUUUGGAGUGUGAACCGCAACAAAUGGGAAUCCUUACGAGUUCCAUUUAGAGUCUCAAAGAUUGGAAGCAGAAUUUUGGUAACCAGUCGUAAUCAACGAGUUUCAACCAUCAUGGGGGCCACCAAAACUCUUACUUUGCAAGGUUUAUCAGAUAAAGAUUGCUGGUUGUUAUUCAAGAAAUGGGCAUUUAGUGAUGAAAACUACAACAAACAUCCAAGCUUGAUAGAAAUUGGUAAGAAAAUUGUUAAGAAGUGUAAUGGGUUACCUUUGGCGUUGAAGUCACUAGGAAGCCUUCUACGUAACAAGCUUGAUGAAUAUGAGUGGGAAUUCAUCCUUAAAAGUGACAUUUGGGACUUAGAAGGAGACGAUAUUUUGCCAGCUCUAAGCUUGAGUUAUCAUAAUUUACCAGCACAUUUGAAAUUAUGCUUUGUAUAUUGCUCUUUGUUUCCUAAAGGCUAUUCGUUCAGAAAGGAUGCAUUAGUUCUACUUUGGAUGGCAGAAGGAUUUGUUCCAUCUAAACAAGUUGAAAGAAUGGAAGACAUAGGCAACCAGUACUUUGAUGAUUUGUUGCAGAGAUCUUUCUUUCAAAAGGAAAAUACUCCUCAAUCACCACGAGAGACAUUUGUGAUGCAUGACCUCAUGCAUGAUUUAGCACAGUCAGUUUCAAGGGAGGUGUUCUGUAGAAUAGAGAGUGAUAAAUCAUGUGAAAUUGUGGAAAUGGCUCGCCACAUGUCUUUACUUAUUGAUGAUUUGGAUUCAACUAAUGAAGAAAUAUAUGGAUGUAAAAGGUUAUGCACAUUUUUAUUAAAAAUUCCGAACCCUUCUAUUGAGUAUAUUCGUGGACAGAUCCCCUUUCAUUUACUUGAAUACUUUAGAUGCUUGCGUGUGCUGGAUUUGAGUUUUUGUAAUGCUUUGAAGCUACCUGACUCUAUAGGCAAUUUGAAGCAUUUGCGAUAUCUUGAUCUCAGUUGUACUUAUAUAAAGGAGUUACCUCAAUCGGUGUGUAACCUUUUCAAUUUGCAAACAUUGAUUCUUAACAAUUGCAGAUUUCUUCUUGAGUUGCCAAAGAACUUGGGGAACUUAAUCAACCUCCAGCACAUCUUGAUGAACAAUGAAACUAAUUUGAUUGAUAUUCCAGUUGGUAUUGGAAGAUUGUGUUUACUUAAAACAUUGCCACGUUUUUGGGUGGGUCAGAAAGAUGGUUUUAAGGUUGGUGAACUUAAGGAGCUACGGAAUCUUCGAGGGAGACUAUAUAUUUUGGGACUGGAGAAUGUACCCAAUGUUUUUGAGGCCAUGGAAGCCAAUUUGAAGAAUAAGGAGAAACUUGACGAAUUAUACUUGCAGUGGGGUGAGGAAACUAGACAUCUAGGACAUGAGGGAGAUGAUGCAAUUCUUGAAGGCCUGCAACCUCAUUCAGCACUGAAGCAUCUUCAUAUCAAAGGUUAUGAUGGUUUGAUAUUUCCAAAUUGGAUGAUGGAAAUGGGCCGUUACAAUAAGCUUGUCACAUUGUCUCUAUCUUCUUGUAAAAAAUGCAAGGUCCUUCCUACUCUUUGGCAACUCCCUUCACUAGAAUCCCUUUGUAUAUACAGAAUGAAGGAAUUGAAUCAUUUGAGUGAAGAAUUCUAUGGGGAUGACAUGAAAGAUGGUGGCAAUAAGGGUUUUCAAAAGUUAAAGCACCUAGAGUUGAAAAACAUGAGUAAUUUAGCAGAAUGGUGUGGAUCACUAGAUGGUGAAUUUCCUUGCCUUGAAAAACUUGUGAUUAAAGAUUGUCCGAAAAUAAGGAACCUGCCCCCAUUUCUUCCUACUGUCAAAGAGUUAGAAAUAAGGCACUGUGAUGCUUUAACUUAUCUUCCGAGGCUUCCAUCCAUCCAAGACCUAAUAUUAGCCAAUUGUGAUGUGGGAAUAUUGAAUUUUGUGCUUCACUGCAGUUCCCUGACAUCUUUGGUAAUUUCUGGGUUUCAAAAUGCAAUAAAUUUGCCUCAAGCACUCUUUCGUCCUUUGGCAUCGACACUUCAAAGGCUUGAGAUUGAUAAUUUUUCUACGCUCUUGACAUUGGAAGAUGUUGGGUUACAAGAACUGGUAUUUGUCCAGGAUUUAGCAAUCAGUGGAUGUAAUAGUCUCACAUCUUUGCCCCAGGGACUGCACAAGCUCAUCUCUCUUGAACGGCUAAGAAUUAGUUGUUGUGAGCAACUUUUAUCGUUCCCACUAGUGGACAAUGGAGUGAAGCCCUUGGCCAUUAAAAGCUUAGAGAUACAUCUAUGUGAGAACUUCAGGUCCCUUCCCAGGGGACUGAAAGACCUAUCCUCCCUCCAAGAAUUAACAAUUUAUGAUUGUGAAAAGAUCACGUUCUUGCCUGAUGAGGGGCUUCCCACCAGCCUUCGCCGAUUAACUAUUACUAGAUGCCCUGAUCUGAACAUUCGUUGCCAAAAAGGAGGAGAAGACUGGCCUAAGAUAGCACACAUACCUGAUGUGAAUGUCCGGCGUUGGUAAUUAAUGACAAACAGAAGUCCAGAACGACCAAUGGAGUAUGUCCUGCUUUGAUGGUGACUCCGUGGAGUGUCUGGUUUAAUGAGCAAGAGCAGGUUCAAGGGGACUUCUGUCAUCAUGUCAAGCUUAGAGGCAAGGCCGGGGCAGCGACGGAGAUGGAGGAACUGAUGGCGGAGCCUUAAGAUUCUGGCAGUACUCCCUAAUGUCUGUCCCAACCUCUGUCCUCCUUUGCUCGGCAAACAUCUCCGAACCUUCGUUGUCCUCUCCUUGCUUAACCUAUAUGUUCUCUUCAGAGAAAUUAAGCCUUCAGAAACCCAUUUGAAAGUAGCCUGAAUGGAGAGCAACCUGAACCGCUGACGACAUUUAAUGCACACCUCUGGCUUCAUGAUGUGCUCGUCGUGUCUCCUGAUUCACAAAAAAUAUUCUCACGUUCCUCUACUGGAAUACAAAGGUUGUAGCAGAGUCCAUCAGAAGACCCUAAACAAGUGGCAAAUCCUUAUCAGGAGGUUAGCUAGAAAAUGGAAUGAUGGGUACAGUCCCAAGCUAUUAACGUUUAAUUACGAUGCCGAUAGUUAUGCCCGGAACUUCGAUGAGGGUUUAAGUUGUGAAGAACUAGAACCCACAACCAGCUGGAUGGGGCUUUUCAGGUGGAAAAUCACAAAUUUUCUCAUGAACCAAUUUGAAGAUCAUAAAAUGCUCUCAAGGUUCGUCAGCAAAUCCUUCCUGCUUACUUCUGACACGACGUUGAAAAUCCGUGUCAAGUUCCUUCGGUGCUUCCCUUUACCCUCCGCCGCUGGCCCGCUGCUAUCCCCUGUAAUGCAGGUUCGGGAGACCAGCAGACGGAUGCAGCCGAUCUGUGUUCGAGUUUGGCAGAGAUUGAAGUCAGUGAGGAUGAUGUGGCCAGAUUGUUGAAUGAAAACGUUUUCAGCCGGAUAGCUGCUGCAUUCUGAUUGUAGGGUUUAAACAGAGUAAAAGAGGUGGUACAAGGGAGAGAGAACCUUCUAGUGAACCUGAGGUUAAUAGGUUUGGGUGCAGUAUGAGCCUCUCUUCAUGGUUGAACUGUUUUCCUAUAGGUGGCAUUAUUCAUAAGCAAACAUCUUGGCCAAGAGACAAUUCCCAAAAACCUUAUUGUGCUGAUGGUGGAAGCUUUCCUGGCUGGGCUUAAGCUGUGGGUAUCCAACUGCACAGCCUGCCCAAUGAUGUAUCAGUGGCAUGGGACAAGGUUUUCUCAGGUGACUUUGUGAUGCAGUUAUAAAAGCAGGGAAAGUGUGGGAGAGCAGAUUGGUGAGAAAGGUUGGGGCUUGUGGAUGAAAUGAGAAUGCACAUCCAUUUCCCUCACUCUAUUUAAUGGGAGGAGAGAGCAUUUACAAUUUACGAAGAGAGAGCCGGGGAAUUUGCUGGUCAUGUCUGUGGAGCUGGCCAUGCCUAAUCCCUCUUUGAAGGGCUUGCUGGAACAGGUUGCCUCUGGUUUAAUAUGGUCUCAGUGGAAAGCUCCAAGUUUCCUGGCUUUGACCUUUAAUAAGGGGACAGAGGGAGGAGAUUUUCAGAUAAAUGCUUGUUAAACUAAGAAGGUCUGCAUCUGGGAAUUUAUGGCAGCCUAUCUCAUUUUCAACUUUGAGGACUAAUAGGAUUUCAAUCCUCAUCAACUAACUAUAGUUAGAACCGUAACUGCUUAUUCUAAUCUGCCAAGGGUUUCAACUUUCAAUUCCAACUGCUCAAGUAGAUCCAGAAAGGAAUGUGAGCAACAGCAGUUACAAUUGGUGCACUAACAACUUGAUUUUUUUGUGUAAAAUUACUGAUUUGAUCUCUUUUGCUGGGUUACUCUGCCAGUGUCUAUGUGCUGCUGGUCCCAAGCCUCUGGAUGGAGGAGGGUUGGUGCAUCAGGUUGACAACCAGCAUUGUAAAAACUUAGCUAAACCUUCUAGCAAUGCUUAUUUGGGUGGAGUUCAGUUGCA